AUGAAUGUGAAAGAUAGCUUUGUGUCAAGUUUAUGGGGCAACAAACCAAUAGAAUGGACGGCAAAAGACUCCGACGGUGCAUCAGGGGGGAUUCUCACAAUGUGGAAGAAGGAUGUGAUUUUCCCUUUGUUUAGUUUUAGAACAAAAGGUUCUCUGAGGCUCUGCGCGUUUUACGAGGGCCAGGUUUGUUACUUUGUGAAUGUUUAUUCUUCCUGCUUUUUAGACAAAAAGAGAAAGCUUUGGUCUGAACUUGUGAUGUUAAAAAGAAAAUUUGGUGAGGGAUGGUGGUGCUUGGGUGGAGAUUUUAAAACUACCAGAGAUAAAAAGGAAAGGAUUUGGAGAUGUAUGGUACAAGGAACUACGGAUAUGACAGAUUUCAACGAAUUUAUAGUCAUUAUGGAAGUAUUAGACUUACCUUCCUUUGGUGGUAUAUUUACUUGGUUGAAAAAAGAAGGUAGUGCUAGAAGUAGACUUGACAGAUUUCUAUUAUCUGAAGCUUUGAUUGAUAAUUGGAAGAUUGUGGGUCAGUUGGUGGGAGAAAAGGAUAUUUUCGAUCAUUCACCUAUUUGGAUGAAAUCCAAAGAGGUUAAUUGGGGUCCAAAACCAUUCAAAGUCAAUAAUUGUUGGUUUGAUCAUAAAGAUUUUUUUAGCUUCGUGGAGGAGUCUUGGAAAAAAUUGAAUGUAACAGGUAAACAAGCACAUGUGCUGAAGGAAAAGUUUAAAGCUCUUAGGGACAUAUUGAGAACAUGGAAUAGGGAGAAGUUUGGCUGGGUGGAUCUAAAAGUGGAGGAGGCUUCAAGGAUAAUGAAUAGUGAUGAUUUAAUACCAAUUAAUGACGACGUGAUUAACAAUAACUGGCGUUUCGAUAGUAGGAAGACGCCCACAUAUGAACUAUGGAAGCAGUUACAUCUUAAAGAGAACCUGCUAAGGCAAAAUUUUAGACAGAAUUGGAUUAGGGAGGGUGACCAAAACACAAAAUACUUCCACACAGUAAUCAAAGAUAGAAGGAUACAUAACAAUAUAGUUUCAUUACAAGGGAUUGAUGGUUCCAGUUUGGAGGAUUUAGAGGGUAUUCGUAAAGAGGUGCUGAGAAUGUUCUGGAAUAGAUUUGUGGAACCUAUCAAAUUCAGACCAACACUCAAUGGGUUGGAGGUUAAAGCUAUAUCACAUGAAGACAACUUAUUCUUAGUUUCAGCUUUCACCCGGGAGAAAGUAAGGGUGGUGGUAUGGGAAUCUAACGGUGACAAAAUUCUGGGCCCCGACGGUUUCAAUUUUAUAUUCUUACAGGAAUGUGGGGAUUUCUAG